AUGACAUUGACAGUUGACAGGUUCUCAUCUAAUGUCACAAUAUUUUACCUAUAGCACGCUUACAGAAUUUGUAGAGAAAAAUAAGCUAUCAAGGAAUAGUAAUUUAAAAUUUAAUAUUUAUUCAUGUAUGAAUUGUUGUGAGGUGUAAUUGUACAAUAGCUGGAUGUUAUUGUCUUCAUUAAACUUGUUUAAAUAAGUAUAUCUAUUUAUAUUGUUUCCUCAUUAGCGUAAAGGAUACGCUUAUUAAAUAAUAUAUUAUGACGUCUAGAAGAAAAGACUACAUAUUUGAACCAUUUAAGGUUACCGAAGUUAAAUAUCGAGGAUUUGAUAAUCCCAGACCUCGUAGUGGACAUAGGAUAGCUUGUGAUGAUACUAACGUUUACUGUUUUGGUGGGUACAAUCCUUCGUUACCACCGCUACCUGAUCGUGUAAGAGAAAACCCGACCUGGACGCCAGCUCAACCCCUUUUUAAAGAGCUUUGGAGCUUUUCAAUAGCUAGUCGAAAAUGGAAGCACCACAGAGUGACUGAAAAUAUGCCGGAGGAACUGGCAUCAAAUGCAAUGUGUAUGAAUGGCAAAUACUUAAUGAUAUUUGGUGGAACAGGUGCUCCUUUCGGCAAUAAAUGCAAUAAUGAUGUGAUUGUGUGGCGCACAUCCAAUGAAGAUAACAAGCUUCAUAUCUUAGAAGCUACUGGUGUUAGACCACCUGCACAAUAUGGCCAAGCAAUUAUGUGCCAUGAUGGAUGUUUUUAUGCCAUUGGUGGCACCAAUGGUUUUGUCUAUAACUGUGAUAUAUAUAGGUUAGAUCUUCGAACAUUAGUUUGGGAACUGGUGUAUCUUGGCACAGGCCAGGAAGGAGAACCAUUAGGCAGGUACAGACAUGAAAUAGCCCAUGUUGGUAAUAAAUUGUACAUAAUUGGUGGAGGAACAGGGGACCAGGCAUUUGAACUUAUGGAAAUACCAAUGUUUGACUUUGAUACUAAAACUUGGACAAUUUUAACUCCAAAAGCAGAUGAUAGCUCAAAAGACACUAUUACACCUUUACCCAGAAAGUGCCACAGUACUGUGCAGAUAGAUACAGAACAUGGCACUCAAGUGUUUGUGGCAGGAGGGUCAGACGGGCAGUCAGUGUUUGAAGAUAUUUGGAGGCUAAACAUCUCUGAUUUACAAUGGACACUGAUGCAGAAAACUGUGUUACCACAUCCUCUGUAUUUCCAUUCUUCAGCUGUUACAUCAUCUGGUUGCAUGUUUGUCUUUGGAGGUAUUGAGCCAAAGGAGGAUGCUACCUGUAGGAAUAAUAUAAUGUACAAAGUAUGGUUAUGCUUGCCUAAAUUGAGUGAAAUAUGUUGGGAAGCGUUAUUGCAUUUUCAUCCAAACUUAGAUCAGGUAGACAGUAGAACAUUAUUAAAUAUUGGAAUUCCAAGUCACUUUGUACGGAGAUUACAACCUCAGUGAGGAUUAAAAUACAUUUAUUUUUCUCUAUGUAAUAUUGUGUUCUACUUAUGUAUUUGCCUAUUGAUAAAUGUUUUGUGCAACUAAAAAGUUGAUAAAUAUAAAUUAAUCACUAGCAAC